AUGGCGGAAGACGACGAAAUAGAUAUUCUUGGUGAUUUUUCUUUCAAUUCUUGCUUUGCUCAAAAUAAUCAAGGAAUACCUUCAUGUUCAAGUCGUGAAGACACUGUCCACCCACAGUGGUUGCUGGAUUCACCUGCUACAAAUUGGUAUGAUAGCAAGAGUAAAAAUAGGUCAAAAGAAGGUCCACCAAGGAAGCUCUGUGGCACAAAAUCUUUUCAAAAGAAUAAUUGUGAUGAUGCACAUGGAGUUGCAUGGAGUCAGGAAGAAAGAAAUCUUCUCAACAGAGAAAUGGAAAAGCAUGGCCGAAACAUUAUGUUAAUAUCACAAAAAUUGAAAUCAAAAACAAUAACUGAAAUUCAAGCUUUGAUUGAUGCAGAGUAUGGUAUUAGUUUGGACACAUCUUGGGAGAAACAUAACAACCUUGAUCACAUACCUUAUGUAGAACAAGAAGAAAUAAUAUCUGAAGAAGGCUGUAUAUCAGAGGCUAUAAAUAAGGUUACCACUGGCUCUCCGACUAUCACUGUACCUAAAAUAUUCAGAAAAACAUCUAAACAACAAGACAAUUAUUUAAAUUCAACUGCCCACAAAAAUUCUCAUAUUAAUCAAAACAACAAUCUACAAAUUACAAAACAUAUGGAGAAAAUAAAAGCUGUCAAAAAGGUUGGGAAUCAUAGAAGAAAAGUAUCUAAAAAUUAUGAUAAAAGUAUUUCCCCAGCACGGCUUAAAAAUAAUAGCCAUUCAGAAGAGAGUUUAAAAAGCCCAAAACUUCAAAUUGUAUUGGGUUCUGGUCAAGCCUUACCAGUUUCUGAAGGAGAACAAAUAAUCAAAAUAGAAAAGAAAAAAGAUUCAGAACCAGAGAGUGACAUAGAAAUUGAUGUGGACAGUGACACAGAGGCACAGCCAAUGAAAUCUCAGGAAGCCAAGGUUUCUGAUAAAAAGAAUGACAAUGAGCCCAUAGCCAUACCACUAAGAAAGUUGGAAAUGCCAAAAAGGAGGAGGAAGAUCAACUUGAAUGGAGGUGGAGGUUACCGUAUUAUGCACACUGAAGCAGGAGAUUUGUAUGAAAUUAGCUCAGAGCCACGUAAGGAAAGACAACCUCGAAAACCAACAGUACAACUCAUACAGUGCAAGAAAUAUGGUGUUGAUAAACCAGCACCAUGUGAAUUACAACUACAUGUAUCAGUAUUACUAAGUAUGGACAUUCAUGCCCAUACAUCGCGGGCUGAAGUGAUGGGCCUUUUGGGAGGUCAACAAGUGACGUCAGGCCUACUGCUUUGCGCGUACGCAGUGGCCAGGGCUGCCGCUAAUAGUACACAUUGUGAUAUGGAUCCUGUUUCGCAAGCCUCAGCCGGCGAAUAUCUUACAGCUCAGGGUUUGUCAGUCUGUGGUUGGCAUCACUCACAUCCACAAUUUCCAGCGCUACCCUCAAAGCGAGAUCUUAGUACGCAGCGCUCGUUGCAGGAUGCACUUGAGUGGCGCUUGCCCUUUCUAGCCUUAGUGACGUCACCGGCGCCGGCUCCGCAUUUCAGAUGUUUCCGCGUAGAAGACUCAGAAGACAAGGAAACGCCAAUAGGAUAUCAACUAGAAGUUAAAUUAGUUCCUGACCUAACUAUAGAAACUCUACCAGACUAUGUACGCGGUUUGAAACAACUCCUAAAGGAUGUUGAGAGAACUGAACAUAGCAUUGAUUUAUCUAAAGAUGUCUGCCCCCACACUGGAGUUGGUUAUUUGGAUAAGUGUAUAUGGAGUGUAUCACGCCACAUGCGGACAGCAGGAUACGAGGCUGACCAUCCAGUGCUCAAGCAACUCAUACAAGAUGUGCGGGACAUCUUUAGAUAG